AUGGGGCUGGACGGGCUGCUCUCCUCCUCGGCGUGGUCGGAGGCUGCCUCCGUCUCUACGCCCACCAAUCAGCAGUUCACUGAGCCAGAGCCUGAGGGCCACAACUGCUAUGAGGGCUGGGAGGAGGACCUGCUGCCUGAGGAGAGGGAGGUUCCUCUGCUAAACCUCUACCUUACCACCAAGAGAGUGGAGGACAUCGCCCUGAGGCUCGUCUCCCUGCGCCAGGCCUUCACUACACUGCUUGGUUCCACCCUGAGCAGGAACCAUCUGUUUGUGGCGGGAAAGGUCCUAAUGGGCGCACUGGUUCAGGCCCACCACAUGGACGAGGCCGAAUUCAUCCGUGCCUAUAACGACUUUGUGGACUACCUGAGUGACCCCUCCAAGAAGAUUGACAUUGAGAGGGAGCUGGCUGAGGCAAAGAUCCAUCAUGUUAACCUGAUAGAUGUCCUCUUUGAACUGGUGAUGUUUGGGAUGAUGACAGCUCAGAAGUCCCUGAUGGUGCACCCUGGUGGGUUCAUGGAGCGUCUGUAUGCUCUCCUGUACUCCUUCCUGCCCGCUGCUGUCAGCAUUGAGCCAAAGGCUGAGAGAUACCUGCUGCUGCUCAAUGGCGGGCUGAUGGCUCUGCUAGAUGACAUGUUUGGGCAGCAGCUGGCCUGGUACUUUAACCCAGUGUCUCUGGUCACUGAGCUCUCCAGACUCCUGGAGUACCACCUGGAGAACCUCAUGGCUAGCAUGUAG